ACGUCUAUCUAAUACGGCCUCAUAUAAAGUCAGCGGUGUCGCCACCUCAUAAAUGCUAUUGAGUCCAGCUGUCUUAACCACUACCACGAUACCUCAUCAACCGCGCCUGGUGCUUGUAGAACAAGCCUUGUUAGAUCUAUCGAAAGUCUGUUCGUAAAAUUCUUUAUAGAAUGCAUCUUUCACAGAAACUCAAGCUGCGCUCCGAUUCUGUCCCCCUUCUUCGACACUCGGCCAACAACAUGACUUCCAAGACUUCAGAAGCCACAGCUCCAGUAAAGACCCGUAACAAUCUUAACAUUAAAGACAAGCGCAACAUCAAAAUUGGAAUCGUCGCACUUCGGACUAUCGGCAAAUGGACUGAUAAAGCUGCACUGACGCUAGAGAAGCUCGAGAGUCAAGACACGUCGAAGCACAGCCAUGAGCACAAGGACCGCUUGAAUACAAAUAACAGGAGUAGUGCGAACGGAGAAAUUCAGGAACCUGGGCUAUGGAGGGAGACUGUGGUGUGUCCUGUACCUGUUCGAACUGGUGUUUCCAAGGCAGCGGAAGUACGCGACGAGCCAACGGCGUGUCGGGAAUUACUAGCAUUUGGAAGGGAAGAAGCCCACGAUGCCGUCCAAGUAACCGAGGUUCCAAACCGGGAGGAUCAUCAUGCGCACACCUUAGCUACUGUUCCUGAGUACUACAGCGAGAGUAGUGAUGAUGAAGACGAAAGAGAUACCUGCGGCGAAAAUGUCAUUAGGAACGAUGCUAAAAUCCACACGGAUACAGACCAAUGCUCUUCGGAUGUUUCGAGCGAUGGAGAGGAAGACAACAACGACAAAAAUUUAAGUCCUGGAAAUAGCGACGACGAGACCGACAGUGAUUCAGCGGAUAGUUCAGAUGAUGUCAGUGAUUCAGGGGAAGAGGUAAGGAUAAAGUAUUUGGCUGUUUUACAUGCGAAGAAAUGAUAGACUGGAAUGGCGGCAGCAGAGGUGGUCGCGUUACACGGAAGAAUGGUUUGAUUGAGUGAUAUAGUUCGGA